UUCCAGCAAAAAGCGGAAGAGGCGGGCAGGUGGAGGAAGGGUAAAGAUGGCGGCGCCUUUGAGGAUUCAGAGCGACUGGGCUCAAGCCCUCAGGAAGGAUGAAGGGGAAGCCUGGCUGAGUUGUCACCCUCCAGGGAAACCAACUUUGUAUGGCAGCCUGACUUGUCAAGGAAUUGGCCAGGAUGGCAUCCCAGAAGUUACAGCUUCAGAAGGAUUUAUUGUGAAUGAGAUAAACAAGGCCCUGAUACAGUCCUUAUCUCUUCCAACAUCGUUGCUAAUUUCUGCCUUGUACCUGCUGGGUCAGACAAAAAGCAUUCAUAUUUCUUGUCCAAAGGAAAAUGCAUCCUCAAAGUUUUUGGCCCCAUACACUACUUUUUCCAGAAUUCAUUCAAAGAGUAUAACAUGCCUGGACAUUUCCAGUGGAGGCGGCCUUGGUGUGUCUUCUAGUACUGAUGGAAGCAUGAAGAUCUGGCAGGCUUCCAAUGGCGAGCUCAGAAGAGUAUUGGAAGGACAUGUGUUUGAUGUGAAUUGUUGCAGGUUUUUCCCAUCAGGCCUUGUGGUUCUGAGUGGGGGAAUGGAUGCCCAGCUGAAGAUCUGGUCAGCUGAAGAUGCUAGCUGUGUGGUGACAUUCAAAGGUCACAAAGGAGGUAUUCUAGAUACAGCCAUUGUUGAUCGGGGGAGGAAUGUGGUGUCUGGUUCUCGAGACGGGACAGCACGACUUUGGGAUUGUGGGCGCUCAGCCUGCCUGGGAGUCAUUGCAGACUGUGGUUCUUCCAUUAAUGGAGUGGCUGUGGGUGCUGCUGACAACUCCAUAAACCUCGGCUCCCCUGAGCAGACGCCAAGUGUUCCUCUUUGUUGGCUCAGAUGGCUUCAACUGCUGCACUUUUCUCUCUGGCUUCUUGCUGUUGGCUGGGACACAGGAUGGAAACAUUUAUCAGCUGGACGUGAGGAGUCCAAGGUUUUCCGGUGUGAGUUGUCUGAUUGUUCUUAUUAUUCCUGGAAUCGUAUUAAAAGGGCUCCAGUACAAGUCAUCCACAGAUCAGGAGCACCAGUUCUGUCCCUCCUGAGUUUCAGAGAUGGAUUUAUUGCUAGCCACGGUGAUGGAAGCUGUUUCAUUGUCCAGCAAGACCUAGACUAUCUCAUUGAGCUCACUGGGGCCGACUGUGACCCUGUGUUCAAGGUUGCCACAUGGGAGAAGCAGAUCUACACAUGCUGUCGAGAUGGUCUUGUGCGACGCUAUCAGCUCUCUGAUCUCUGACUCCUUGGAAAAGGAUUCCCAGUUAAUGAAAAAAUUGGCCCUAAUCGACAAAGAGCAAAAUAAUCAUCAGUCCUUCUCAAGGACCAUGGCCCCUUAUUGUUUGGGGCACCCUUUGGAAGUCACAGAAAAUCAGCUGCAUUGGCCCAUGUGGAAGUAUCAUUCCAUGAAAAGACCUACAGUAAACUAAAGAAGAAGCUCACACAUGCUCCCUAUAUACCCUCACCCCAACAGCAGGCCAUGAUAUGGAUGCUUACAGUUUGAUCUCACACCAUUGUGUUAAGUGUUUACAAUCAGAGGACUAAAGCUUGUUCUCUGAAGGAAAUAAAGAGAAUGUAUUUGGAGUCUGAAUUUGAAAAACUUUGUUAAAUAUUCUUACUCCAGCAAAAAGCCAUUCAAGUUGAUGGAACUCCUUUCUCAGGCACUUCUGUUGGCCUGGCCACAGAGAAAGACUGCUUGUUAGCAGUAACUAUCCCUUAAGCAGCAAUCUGGGAAAGGUUCUUAUACAGGUAGGGAAGCCAACUGUCUCAGUUUUCCUUGGUCUGAGGGGUUUUCUGCUACAUGGGACUUUCAAUCCUAGGCAAAGUGAUAUGGUUGACUGGUCCAUGUACGGGUGAUAAAGUUGAAUCCUGUCAUUGUAAAAGCAGUGGCCGUCCGAGUGUGGUCCCUUAACAGCCAUAUCAGUAUCACUUGGGAACUUGUUAGAAAUAGAAAUUCCUAGGCCCCACCUCAGCCCCAAAUCAGAAAUUCUCUGGGUAGAGCUGGCCAGGUGAUUCUGAUGCAUGCUACAGUUUGAGACCUAGAGGAAGAGAUAGUAAAGGGCAUUUUAAGUCAUAGUUGGAACCCAGUGCUCAUAGGAUGGUGAGGCUGGUCUUUAGAAGAUGAGGCUGGAGAGGUUGGCAGGGUCCAAAUAGUGAAGGUGCUUGAGUACCAGGUAAGGAGCCUGAAUUUCAUUUGGUUGGCAAGAAACCCACGGAAGAGUUUUAAGCAAGGGUAUAACAUGGUCACCUCUUUUUUUUCCCCUAAAUAUAAGAGUCAUAAUGCACGUACUACGUGUUUUAUUUUCACUUAGAAUCUCUUGAGUUCUUUCUUUCUCAGUACAUUUAGACCUUCAUUGUUCUUUUUAACACUUUCCAGAGUUUUAUAUUUUAGAGAUUACUAGAGAAAGGGUUUCUUGGAUGAUACAGCACUUGAGCUGAGCAAUGUAGGCUAAGGUCUGGAUUUAUUUAAGGGAAGAAGUCAAUUUCUUGCUGGGGUAACAGUAUGAUUCGCAGCAGUCUUAAAGGUAUAUUCUCACGUAAUGUUUAUAACCUCACUAUGAUAUGCAGAUAGUGAGACUCAGAUGAAUUGAUUGGCCAAGGGUCAUAAGGAACAGAAACUUUAACACAGUUUAUCUUAAUUUUAAAUCCAUUUUUUUCUACCUGUUGUAUAUGCCUAAAUUGUGAAAACAAAAUACUGUUAGUCAUUGAGUAUUACUGGGCAUCUAUGCUAUACAAGGGACUAUAUUUAUAUAUUUAAUCCCAACAACACUCUUAAAAAGGAUAUGGAAUUAUUUUGUUUUAUAGAUAAGGAAACCGAGGUUUGAGAAAUUAAGUACCAGACCCUUGAUUUGGACCUUGCUUAGUCUCCAAGACCUGUGCCUUCCACUACACCACAUGGUCAUGAGACCUCUGGGACUAGACCAGUUCCAUUUAAGGGGUGAUUUGUGAUAAGGUCAGGUAGACCCAAAGGGACAUAUUGCAGAGCUCAGAAAUAUUGGAUCCGAGGAGGUCUGGAGAGAACCUCUAAGAAGUCAGAUGAAGGGCGCCUGGGUGGCUCAGUUGGUUAAGCGACUGCCUUCAGCUCAGGUCAUGAUCCUGGAGUCCCGGGAUCGAGUCCCGCAUCCCGCAUCGGGCUCCCUGCUCAGCAGGGAGUCUGCUUCUCCCUCUGCCC